AUGGCGUUUAUUAAAGAGGAGAGUGAAGAUGUGAAGAUUGAAGAAACAUUCACAGUCAAACAGGAAGAUCUGCAGGAACAAACAGACCUGAUGGUGCUGAAAGAAGAGACUCUUCAUCAGAAUGUAAUGGAAGAGAAACAGCAGUUUGAGAAACACCAAGACAUAACGACUGAUGAAAAACCCACACUGACUAAAAAGACUUCAUCACGUGGAAGACCUCGGAAAUCCAAAUCUGGAUGUAAUUUCAGCUGUAAACAGUGUAGAAAAAGUUUCAGUCAAAAGCCAAAGCUUGAUGUUCACAUGAGAGUUCACACAGGGGGGAAACCUUACACCUGCGAACAGUGUGGAAAGAGUUUUAGUCAAAAACAAAGCUUUAAAACCCACAUGAGAAUUCACACUGGAGAGAGGCCGUACACAUGUCAACAAUGUGGAAAAAGAUUCAAUCAUGUAGGAAACUUUGCAGCACACAAGAGAAUUCACACUGGGGAGAGAAAGUACACAUGCCAACAAUGUGGAAAAAGCUUCUAUAAUACAGGAAACCUGGCAGUACACAUGAGAAUUCACACCGGGGAGGAACCUUACUCUUGCUCUCAGUGUGGAAAGAGUUUUAAGCAAAAUGUCACCCUUAAAAUCCACAUGAGAACACACACUGGAGAGAGAAGAUUUACUUGCACACAGUGUGGGAAAAGUUUUUCUCAAAAGCAAGACCUUGGAAUCCACAUGAGGAUUCACACUGGAGAAAAACCAUACAAAUGCACAGAGUGUGGUAAAGGUUUUCCAUAUAAAAGCACACUCAAACACCACAUGAUAAGUCACACAGGAGAGAAGCCGUUUGCAUGUGUUCAGUGUGGAAAGAGCUUCACAACCAAAGCUAACCUCAUGAACCACAUGAAUGGUCACACUGGAACCAUAGUGUUCAGAUGUGAUCAGUGUGGAAAGAGUCUCACACACAAAGACUCCAUUAAGAACCACAUGAAGACUCAUUCAGUAGAGUGUUUUAGAUGCAGUAAAUGUGGAAAAGACUUUAAACAUAAAAGAAGCCUCAACACUCAUAUGAAGCUUCACAAUGGAGAGCAGAGUCCUCAAAAAUGAGCCCUUGUCCACACAAACACGGGUAUAUUCAAAACGGCAGCUUGUUCAUGUAGUUUUUCUGUUCAUUUAGUGAGGUUUAUUUAUGAGCUACUUUCAAGAGGAUCACAUGCUUAUGAUUGUUCACGGCUGGUCCUGCAUUAGCUAACACAACUCAAUACAAAUAACUAGAGUUUUUUUUUUUUACCUCAGUUAUCUUCUUCUUGAAGAAUCCUCCUACUCACCCUCCUUUCUAGAUUGGGUGACACAGAGACCUGGUAGUUAGCACUGUUGCCUCACAGCAAGAAUUUCACAGGUUAAAGUCCCUCUGAACCAGUUGACAUUUGUGUGAAGUUUGCUCGUUUUCCCCUGUGCUCACAUGGGUUUCCCCCAUGUUCCCCCCAAAGCCCAAAUACACAUGACCCAAGUAAACUGAACAUUCAACAACACAUUAUUUAUUUGAUAAACUCUUCUCUUCGUAA